AUGUCCCAGGAAGACUCCAAGGUGCACAUCGACGCCGCCAACACGGCAAACUACAUCGACAAGGCGCGCGCGCGGGUCUUGACCGAGAACUUCGCCCACAGCCUCCGCCACCUCUACGGCAUCGGGGCCGCGGGCCACUCCAAGGACGUGGUCGUGGGCUUUUCGUCGCUGCAGAUCUUGCUGCCCAUUGCCUUCUACGGCACCAUCGCCGCCGGGGGCAUCUUUUCGUGCGCGAGCCACGCCUUCACCGUCUCGGAGCUGGCCCGCCAGAUCAAGCAGGGCGAGGCAAAGCUGGUGAUAUGCAGCCCCGACCUCGCCGCGGUCGCCAUCGACGCCGCGAAGGCCUGCGGCUUGGGCCUCGACCGCGUGCUCAUCCUCGACUCGACCUACCGUGCGUGGAGCCUGAAGUCGGCCGACGGCAAGGUCGACUGCUGGACGGACAAGCGCCUCACGUGGAAACGCAUCACCGACCCCCAGGAGCUCGAGGACAGCAUCAUCAACUUGCUCUACUCGUCCGGCACCACCGGUGUUCCCAAAGCUGUGAUGCUCUCGCACAAGAUGAUGGUGUCCCAGAUCGUCAUCUCUUCUCAGGUGGCCCGAGAAUGGGCCAUUCCGCGCAUCCAGGCGGGCGAGCUGACCCCCUCACCACUCCGAACCAUCGCCCAUCUUCCAGCGGCCCAUAUCGCCGGGGUGGCCGGGUAUUUCGUCUCUCCACUCUACGCUGGCGGGGAGUGUUACUGGAUGCGUAAGUACGAGUGGAAGAAGUUCAUCGAGUACAACAGACAGCACCGGAUCACGGCCUUUUUCACGGUGCCCGCCAUCUGGGCGCGCAUCGCCAAAUCGCCCGACGUUACCGAUCACUUUGACUCUCUGGAAAGCGGCCUGGGCGGUGCAGCGCCGAUGGAUGCGGAUCUCUGCAACGCCGCUGGCCAGCGGACAGGGAUCCAGAUGGGAGGAACCUACGGCAUGAGCGAGACGACUGGGUCCGUAUGCACUCUUCCUCGAGGAACGUCCGACAAUACCGGCAGCGUUGGGGUGAUGCAUCCAAACACGACGUUCAGACUGGUCGAUGAUGAGGGCAAUGAUGUGCCCGAGGGGCAACCCGGCGAGCUGUGGGUGAAAGGCCCUAUGGUUACAAAGGGCUACUACAGAAAUCCCGAGGCUACGAAGGCGGCCUUUGUCGACGGCUGGUACUGCACAGGAGAUAUUCUUCAGCAGCGAAGCAAUGGACUGUGGUACGUCACGGACAGAAAGAAGGAGUUGAUCAAGUACAAGGGUAUCCAAGUGGCACCCGCUGAGAUCGAGGGCCUGUUGAUCUCGCAUCCGUUGAUCGAAGAUGCGGCUGUAAUCGGCGUGCCGGGCGAAGGGACAGAAGUCCCUCGUGCCUACGUGGUGGCGGAUAAGAACAAGAUUUCUGAGGCAGAGAUCAAGGAGUUUGUCAAGAGCAGGACGGCGCCGUACAAACAACUGCGAGGUGGUGUCGUGUAUCUGGAUCAGAUCCCUCGGAACGCGGUCGGCAAGAUUUUGCGGAAGGACUUGAGAGACAUGGCGAAGACUGAGUUUCGACCCAAACUAUAG